AUGGCUAACAGCACGUACACCCUCCUCCUAAUCACGGCACUUUGCGGACUGUUUGGACCUUCUAGCGGCUCGUUGCCCGGCGAACCCCGCAUGAUCGAACUGACGUGGCGGCUAGAGAACGGCAUGCCCCACUGGCCCGGCAUGGUCCCGUACAACUUCACCAUAGUGGACAGAAACGUAAUACCUGACGGUUUCUACUUGGAACUGAACAACAUCUACCUGGCAGAGCACACCGGCACACAUCUGGACGCACCCGCACACUUCAUACAGGGAGCAUGGCGAUUGGACCAGGUGCCCCUGCAGAAUCUGGCCGGACCUGGCGUGGUGGUGGACGUGAGGGACAAGACCAGAGACAACCCUGAUUACGAGAUUGGGCCACAGGACUUCCAGGACUGGGAACGAGAACAUGGGCGGAUCCCUGACGGCAGUGUGCUCAUGCUCCGUACAGGAUGGGGGGAGUGGUACUGGGAGCAGGGUGAGACUGCCUACCUCGGCACGGACACCGGUAACACCACCCUGCUGCACUUCCCCGGCCUGCACCCAGAGGGCGCUCAGUGGCUGGCAGACAACAGGAAAAUGCACGUCAUCGGCAUCGACACUGGGUCCAUGGAUAAUGGGCAAUCUGUGCAAAAAAUGAGCCAUCGGAUACUUCUGCCGAAGAGGGUGAUCUUCAUAGAGAACGUGGGUCACCUGGACCAGCUGCCGACUACCGGGUCCACGGUGUACGCCAUGCCCAUCCUGAUCGGGCAGGGCAGCGGCGGGCCGGCGCGAGUCUUCGCCAUCGUUGACGGGCGAACAAGCGCCUGUAGCCCGCUCACGUCUACCUUCGCCACCGUACUUCUGACGCUCUCCUCCGUCAUACUCAACGUGAUUUAA